GGUGUGUCGAUGCUGAUUACGAUAAAGCUUGAACCUCCUCCCUUUUCCCGGAAGUUUGACCGACGCUGAUGUUGACAUGGAAAAAUUGAAGUCGGAUAUUGCUGUUUGAAACUUAAAUACUUGCAUUUUACUACUAUACAGAGGGCAGAGAAAACGUACAUGAUCCAUGAUAUCUUCCUACUUUCGCCUUGACUAUUACUUGUGUUCUGGUGAACGACCUAAAACAGACGUAUGAUACUUACCAAACCCGGUUAUAUUGUGUAUAAAUGAGCACAGACAAUCAUUAAUAACGUGAUUCACUUACCAUUAUUAGAAACACUAUCCCUCGUGUCAUUUUGUUGGUGCUGGUUAACAUUUUGUCGAUCACAUAAGCUGGCGCCGAAGGAUCAGUAAAAGGUGAGACGUGGAUAUACCAAAUAUGGAAUGUGAAAAACAUCCGGGUACCCCGAUAGUUUCGGUGUGUAUAACGUGUGAUACCACCUUUGUCUGUUUGGACUGUAUGACCGACGAAAUACACCAAGGUCACGUUUCUGUAAACUUAACAAAAUUGCAAAGGACAUCAAAACAAAAAUGAAGCUAAAGGAAACAGAAGAUUGUAAGCUGGAGGCGAACAUAGAAUCCAAUUUGAAUGAGAUAAGGGCACUAAAAACACAACAGGACAAUGCACAAAAAGAAAGAGUCAAGUCAAUAAACACUCGAAGGGAAGAUCUAAUCAAGGUCGUAGACGAAAUGGCGGAUAGCUUUAUAUCAGACUUCGAGAAUCAGAGUAAUUGUAUUAAACUGCAAGACGAGAUCGAGUUCAUUUCAACAAAAUUAGAAAAUGUGAGAAGAAGAAGAAAGGAGGUACAACGCAUCCUUAAGGUAAAAGAUGAUCUAGCAGUGGUGCACGAUUCAGGAAAUCUUCAAGAUGUUGUCGUACACAGAAAACCAUAUCAACAACCUGUCGAUAUCGAGUUUACUCACGGGGAAAUGAAUACUCAUCAGCUGCAACUCAUGUUCGGGGGCACAGCUGUCACGAUGAAGGAACUAGCAACAGCACAGGAAGCCCAAGGUGAUAAUAUGACACUUUCUACGAAUAAGUGUUCAGAUUCCGUUGGUACCUUGAUACGUCAGGGAGGGCAACUUGUCUUGGAGUCUACCCUCAAUGUUCUCAUGCUAGUGCAGAAUCUGAAAAAGGGCCACUAGAUAAGGUUAAAAUCAGAGGCACCGCAAGAGGCUCUUUUUGUUAAAUCACCUCAAAUGUUUUGAUGACCGCGUCUAUCGCCGCAUUGGAAUUGUGAACCGUCUUGCCGAUGUUGAGGCGACACAGACGAAUAAGGUUUAAGCAAAUGUAGCGAAAGGGUUUUAUUUCCUUUUCUCACAUAAAAUUUCAUUGCUUUAUUAACCAAAGAGUGAAUGGCUUGCGUGAGCAAAGCUUCAAACAUUCUGAAUCAAAUUAUGUGAGUGCAAUAUGUAAUAAUAAUAAAUCAUAAUUUGAGUUUCUUAUAUUCCGCUUUAUCACGGCACUCAUAGCUAGCAUUCAACAAUUCUAGCACUGCCUAACCACGUUCUCAUUUACAGCUGAGUAGACCGGAACAAGCAGAGUAAAGUAUCUUGCUCAAAGACACAACACAUUGCCGGGACGUCACUCGAACUCGCAACCCUUCGGUCACGAGCUCGGCGUCCUCCCACUAGACUACCGUGCAUCCACUAAUGUCCAAUAUGUAACGGCUUUUAC